AUGGACUUCGACGACUCGUCUAGCUCCGAUGGCGAAGAGGUGGUGGCACGCUCGUACGCGUCGAUUGGUGGCGGAUACGGCUCAGUGCCGCUGCUCUCAAGAGAAAGAACGGAAGGAGCGGCAGAGGCGAGAGACGCGACACACGCUGUGGGAGCGGACUCGGAUGACGAGACUUAUGGUGCUGCUGUUGCUGAUGCCACUGGUACGGUAGUGGGUGGUUCACGUACUGUGCAGUCGCUCGUCUUUGAUAGCGAGGAUGUUGACAACAAUGACGAUAGGGCGGUUGAUGUGGUUGCAAAUCCCCAGCAAAGGGCGACACACACGCAAUGUGACGAGUGCCUGCAUCACCAUCUUGUUGCUGCGGCGGAGGACGUCGAGCGGCCGCCGCCACGUCGAGGGGAUGCUGCGCUGGCAAGCAGCGGACGCCUUGGUCAACAUGUAGUAGAUAGCGACGAUAGUGAGAAAAUCAAUGGGGCUGCUGUGGAGACGGAACGACAACUAUUUGAGAGUCGGGGCGAUGAAUGUGAUGAGGAUCCUGCGCAGACGACCAGGUACGGUGUAUCUGUUGAGAGGGCUGAGGAAUGGGAUAGUGUUGUUGGGGCAAUGCUGGUGGUUGACAAGACGCUGGUGAGCAGUUUUCAUUUGGGUUACAACCGAAGUUUUUCGCGCGAAGACGACGAAUUAGAGGAGUCGGACUAUGAAACUGAGGCGAUGGUAAAAGUACUUUCACCAUUCGGUGUGUUGCCGGUGAACGAAUCGCAAAGUGUGAGUGAGGUGACCGAGGAGGAAGAGAAGAAGCGCCUUGCGAUGUUUGACACAUUGCAACAUCUGGCGUCACACAUACGCGUGAUGCAGGAGUCUCUCAAAGAAAAGGGAAUGACGUCUGAAGGUCAACUGUACCAGCAGGAGCAAGAAUAUAAUUCGGCCGCUGAGAGAAGCAAUGACAGUGUUGGCAUGCUGGAGCUAGUGUGCCGUGGGUUUCAUUCAGUGCAUGUUGACUCCGCGUGCCGUUUGAUUGCUGUGGUUGACAACGACCCAUGUAGUGUGAGUCUGGCCGAUGUGAUUGCUUUUAGCAGUCACCCGUUCGCACAAGCGGAGCUCGUAGCACUGCUCAAAUCUGUUGUGAUGAAGGUGGGUGCUCUGCAUGACGCCGGCUUUGUUCAUGGCUGCCUGCAUAGCGGUAACAUACUCUGCGGUACUGAUAAUGGUCACGUCGUGUUGACAGGUCUCAGUAACGUCAUGUGCAACCUACUUCUGCCUGCGGAACCCUCAUUUAUUUCCCCACGACUCGCCGCAGCGAUGCGCCCGCUGGUGGAAGUCGUGUGGAGCCAUGCGGAGGAAGUAAGCGCUGAUGUCUUUCCAUGGGCGGCGGAUCCUGCAUUCCAUCGCGUUCUGCUGGAGUUGUAUGGUUGCACAGGAGAAUCGGAUUUGCGGCCACGGAUGCGUGAUGAUGUGUACGCAAUUGGUAUCCUGGCUUUGACAUGUCUUCUCGGAGUACCUCCUUUUCUUUCCGCCACACUAAAGGAGGUUGUGGAUGCACUUGCCCCGCAUCAGAACGACAGCAGCAUUGCUUCGUUGUUGGGAGCUGUGUUCAACAGCAGCUACGCCAUUCGACGGUUCAAGUGUGCCAACUAUAAGGAGGAGUUCAUUGAGACGGUGCGGGAUUUUGUGGAUGCGUGUCUGCGCGCUGGAUCAUGUGAAGCUGUCGUAUCGGCGGAGGUGGCUGGCGACUUGCUGCAGCACGCCUUCUUCGCGGGUCUCACCAAUGGUGUAGGGCUUAAUGGCAUCAGUAGAGCAGGAGCCGCCGCCACCGACGACGAGCAGAAUGAAGACGACGCAGAUGACGAAGGACAACUACACAGCUUGGUGCGAUUGAAUCGUUCUGUUCACUAUCUUGCGUACCCCAUCUUUGCGGUGGUGAACGCCGCGAUGCAGAAGUGUGGCACCAGCCCAUUGAUGCACCGGAUAUACCGCAACUCCAUCUACGCCGCCCGCUGGGAUAGCCUCCAGUGCGGUGCUGUGCCCACCACGAACAGCAACGAUGACGACAACCACCACUUUGAAGACGGUGUGAUUGGUGUUCAAUGGCCGUGUUUAGAGAGGCAGCUGCCACGUUGGGGGAGCAGCUUCUGCUGUCCGCAAGGCGAGGAAUCCUGGAGAGCUCCUUUGUACCGCGUAACUUUUGCCACAUUCCAGCCAUCUUUAGACAUUGACAGUAACAAUACGGCAGCGUUGGAGGCCGUCGCGGAAUCGAGAGGCAUGCAGGUUGACUACUCAACGCAUGCAUUGUCGUACAGCGGCAAGUCCAAUACACGACUGACGUUGCACGCCCAUGUGAUGCCCAAUGGGUAUAGAACAUUAGUCAACACUCUUAUUCUGCGUGACCUGCAGGAUUGUGUGGUGGAGGUCCUUGUGGGGUUUCGCUUUGUGAUUUUGUUUAACGUAAAGCGCUGCAAGGUGUUGCUUGGACCAUGCUACUGCUGUUACUGUGAGGAAGUAACUGACUGUAGCCCCAUUUGUGUUGCAAGUACACACCUUCUCAUUGAUAAUGUUUUUUCUGUGGACUUCCACCACGGUGGGUACACGGCACCGCGCUGCCAAUAUGGCCAGUCACGAUGGGGCAACGUUACAGUUGCACCGUACAGUGCUGUCUACCCUGGUAUGAGCGCUGACUUUGCAGCAUUCUCUAUACCACAGGAACACUCAGCUACCAUUGCGCGUAUGGUUGACGGCUCGGAUGGUUCAGUGGGGGUCAUGCGGACACUGAAGCUGUGUGGUACCCUCUCUGGUGGUUGCGACUACCCUUACUCCCACGCACUGGCGGCGUUUGGCAGCCGCUUUAUUCAUGAGAAUGACUGCAAAAGUGAUGUGUUCUUCUUUUUUUCGGAGCUGUCGGGGAAAAGCGUUCGCAUUGCGCAGAUUCACGGCGGGGCGGAGAGGGUGGAGGGUGGCUCCUAUGCAAAUGACUCCCUUUCUUACGGUGCCACUACCACUACAGAAGUGACACCUCAAACGGUGAUAUUGCCUCAAUUUGAGAGCGGUAGAAAUGUGUCACAUAUUGUAACUCAUACAGAAGGCGUCAGUGCGAGCUAUCCCAUUAUUUUUAUCAUGGAUGUUGUUGGUGAUUGCAUCAUUGAAGACUGUACAAACUGCACCAUUUUUGUGAUGGGAUCCACCGAGAGCGUUGUUGUGCGACGGUGCUCACAUAUGAGAUUAUUCUUUAUGGCAAGGGAAGGUGUCUUUGAGUCAUGUCAAAUGAUGGAGGCUUACCUGCUGGUGACGGAGAUACUGCUGCUAGAACGUUGUUACAACAUUGAGUUCUUUCCACUUUCGGUGGAGGCGCCGCGGGUGGAGGAAGUCCUCACUGCCAUUACGGAUCGCACCACGGACGAUGUACUGCGACGUGUCUUGGAGAAUGCACGAAUCGGAAAAGAUAUCCGUGUCUUGAAUGCGUUGCUACGCUACGAGAGUGACACCAACGCCAUUGAUGUGCAUAGGUGUGACUGUGUGAAUAUCAACGAUGACAGCACAACGAUGAUUCUGGUGGACUUUGUGCCCACUGACUCCCCGCUCUCAACAUUCUUCUACGAGGCGUACAUUGAAACACGCCGAGAGGAAGAUUGGUCAGUUGUGCCAUUUAUGCAGCAAGUGUGGGGUAGAGGAGAUGCGGACAACUCACUUCGCAGACUCCCUCUACCGCCUAUCCGACUGCAUGAUCUCGUUAAUGUACCUAUUCUUCGCCUCCCUGGCUCCCUUAAUCUGCGUGCUGCUGCUGAUGGUGGUACCUCGGAACUUGUCGAGGUGGUACUGGAGCGUAUCGCCAUGGGUGUUGUGCACCUAGCUGAGGCCGUGGCUACGUUACGCAUCAGCAAGUGCACCGGUCCACUUGACAUUGCUGUGUGUGCUGCGAAUCGUGUGAUAAUGGAGUCAUGUGAAAAUGUAAAUUUGCAGAUAGCUUGUGGCACUUUUACUGCAACGAAAUGCCGCAACUGUCAUGUCGCACUGCACGUGAACACACCGCCGCGCUAUGAGGCCUGUAGCGACAUGAAGUCUUCUACACUCAACAUCACAUCAGAAGGCUAUGAGGAAGCCUUGGAGCGAGCAGGUGUUCGGCUUGACGUAAACCUGUUCAACGAGCCACUGUUGUUGCUGUCACCACCGACACAGCAAGGCUUGACAGAAGAUUCACCUUGUGUUGGCGUGGUACCGGACGUUGAGAGUAUAGAUUCAAUUGAUAAAGCACUCUCAAUACUGCACACUCCCCUUAUAUUUGUGCCUCCGCUUUUUGGCACAUGCCUCGGCGUGAAGGAUGCACCCUUCCUCGGUCCCCUUGAGGACCGGGUCCACCAUGAAGAGGCUACACGAGUCCCAUUCGACACUAGCAUAUGGGAGGCUCUUUCGUUCCUGCUGCACCGGCAGGUGAGGGAUAGAACUGUGAGGGAAAUAGGACCUGGGUAUAUGAUGGAUGAGGAACAUCACCUCGUUCAUUCCUCUUCUUCGGACUCCGGCAUGGAGACACCAGAACGAGUGGCAGAGCGGCACGUCGACCCGUAUCUUGAGUGCAAUGGUGACGUGCCCAAGCGGUCUCUUGCUGCAGAGGAAUCGCUUCGCUUCUCCAUCCCUCCCUCCUGCUCCUCCUCGCAAGAAGCGGAAGAGGCAGUCCACUCAUCGCCGCCUUGCUCCAGUGGCGGUAGCAACAACAGCAGCAGCAGCAGCAGCAGCAGCAGGGAUAUUCGUAGUACUGGGUCUUGCGACGGCCCUGGCGGCGAUGCCAACGUUGAAGACACCGACGAUCCCGUGACGGUACGAGUGAGGAGACAGAGCGACGAGAGAACCACAAGCGUGGAACAGAGGUGCCCUACCGAGGCAAGGCGACUCAGCUGUGGAGUGUUCUCGCAGCCGGAGACGAUGUCAGUGGGGCAAUCGAGCGCCGGUGAGGAGAGGGCCAUGGACCUCGUCACAUACCGCUCCAUUCCCGGCGAGGAGUCCGCCCUUGACGAGCCGACGAGCGCAACGGAUCGUGCCGCGCUCGGUGUGCAGGAGGUGGACGAUGACACAGAGGGGCAAUCCCAGAAGACAUUUCCUAUUUCCCAUGUAAGCGAGACAUCUGCAGCGCGUGUAGACGAGGCAGCGCCAGCGAGUAACAAAGAAAACUCUGUUGCUUCUGCUGCAGUGAAAUCGCAGGAUCAACCGAGUGAUGCGGGGGUUCCCCUUGCGAACCUCAUCGUUGCCGUUCAUCCCGAGGAGGAAGAAGAGGUGCAGUCCGUCAUGCAUAUGCUGGACGCCAGGCGUGAGGCGCGGUUGUCUGCGCAGCGUGCAGGUGGUUGUUCCAUCGAAGACAUCAAGCGUCGCGUGGAGAACGCCGUCAGGCGAAUUCAAGGCCUCUCCAAGUGA